AUGGGCUUCUUCACCAAAUCCAAACCAGUUCCACCUCCCAGGGUUCCGACAGACACAGUGAUGCCGGCCUCGCUGUGGGAUAACUGGGAGAUAGGGCGCACAUGGUGUUUGCAUUAUUGCUACCGAUUCAACGACGUCCUGGACCCGAGUCAGCUCCGGAUCUCGCUCGAGCGGCUAAUGCAGAUAGGGGAGUGGAAGAGACUUGGUGCACGGAUGCGACUGAAUAGUAAUGGGGUGGUAGAAUACCAUAUCCCCGAUAGAUACCAUGAACGCAGGCCGGGUUUUACCUUUACCGUUACCAAAUAUGAUAUCUCGCUUGAACAGCAUCAGCUAUCAGGGGAGUUCCCCAGGGCCACAGCGAAGCCAAGUGUGCAGGGAAGCCAGGAGGACGUUAUGAGAUCGUUAUGUCUGCAUCCAGAUCACCCCCGGACGCUGGACGACUGGUUGUAUUCUGAUCGGCCACUUCUCGAUAUUCACGUCGUUGCCUUUGAGGAUGCAACGCUGGUGACGAUAACAUUCAUGCACCUUGUCACAGGCGCCUCCGGUAUGCGUCAGAUUCUUCGCGCGUGGUCGGAUGUCUUGAAUGGACACGAGGACGAAGUCGGUGCACUGGAAGGUAUUGGGGAUGAUCUACUGACAGACCAUACCUAUGAAUCUGAGCCUAACCAGUACGUGCAUUAUAACAGAAGACUAACGGGUUUCAAAAAGUUGGUUUUUUUGGUCUAUGCAUUGUGGGACUGGUUCUGGCUUCCUGCCGCGGAGUCUCGUCUCAUCUGCAUCCCCGGUGUGUAUGUGGACGGAAUGCGGGACCAGGCCAUUCAGGAUAUAUCGCAAGGAGCAGCGCCAGGACAGAAAUCACCAUUUAUAAGUGAUGGAGACGUCCUGUUGGCCUGGACCACCCGCACAGUUGUCAAAGCUCUUGGAGCGUCCCCCAGCCGGCCACUCUCGGUAUUGAACGUAUUCAAUUCGCGCGCGACACUACUCCAGAAGUCUGCGUCCGAUAGAACUGCCUUCAUCACAAAUGCUUGCUUGAUGUGGCCAACAUUUCUCUCAGUGGGAGACGCAAUAAACCUCUCGCUGGGCCACCUGGCCUGGCAGUUCCGCACUUCGUUGACCCAACAGCGCACGAAAGCCCAAUGCCAGGCGCAGCUUGCUAUGAAACGCCACGGCUUGAUCGAGACUGACUCAGCUCCUUUCUGUGUGGAUCCGACUUCCGUUCUAGUGGGUUGUACGAAUUGGCACAGGGCUCGGUUUUACGACAUUGACUUCUCCUCGGCGGUGCGCUGUCCGAAGAGGCCUUUGGUGGGUCAUGGUAGCAGGAUCGGGAGGCCAGCAUCAAUCCUUGUGAGUACAGAUCUGACAGGCCCCGGGAUUCCUAAUUUGGGAAACGUAUUUGGCAAGGAUGGAGAUGGGAAUUGGUGGCUCACUUGGAGCUUGAGCAAUCAGGCAUGGCCAGCGUUCCAGCAGGAGUUGGAAAGCCUGGGAACGGAGAACGAUCGUCGAUAG